AUGGCGAUUAAGAGCAAAGUGCUUGUCGUCGGCGGGACGGGCUACAUCGGGCGGCGGAUCGUGGCGGCGAGCCUGGCUCAGGGCCACACCACUUACGUGCUGAAGCGGCCGGAGAGCGGUUUGGACAUUGAGAAGCUUCAGAUCCUGCUGUCCUUCAAGAAGCAAGGCGCUCAACUCGUGGAGGCCUCUUUUUCCGACCAGGACAGCCUCGUCCGCGCCGUCAAGCUCGCAGACGUCGUCAUCUGCACCAUGUCCGGCGUUCACUUCCGGUCCCACAACAUCCUGCUCCAGCUCCAGCUCGUCGACGCCAUCAAGCAAGCUGGAAACGUCAAGCGGUUCGUGCCGUCGGAGUUCGGGAUGGAUCCGGCGAGGAUGGGAGGCGCGUUGGAGCCAGGCAACGAGACUUUCGAGCAGAAGAUGGUGGUGAGGAAGGCCAUCGAAGACGCCAACAUCCCGCACACUUACAUCUCCGCCAACUGCUUCGCCGGUUACUUCGUCGGCAAUCUCUCCCAGCUCGGCACCCUCACCCCUCCCUCUCGCGACCAACAGGUCGUCAUCUAUGGCGGUGGGAACGUCAAGGUGGUGUACGUGGACGAGGACGACGUUGGCACGUACACGAUCAAAGCAGUAGAUGACGAGCGAACGUUGAACAAGACGGUGUACAUAAGGCCGCCUGAGAAUGUGAUGACUCAGGGAGAGUUGGUUGCCAUGUGGGAGAAGCUGAGCGGUCAACAGGUUCAAAAAGUUGACCUUUCCGCCCAAGACUUCCUUGCUUCCAUGGAAGGGAAGGAUGUAGCUACCCGCGCAGGGAUAGGGCAUUUCUACCACAUAUUCUACGAGGGGUGCCUAGCCAAUUUCGAGAUCGGUGAAGAUGCAGCAGAAGCUUCGAGUUUGUAUCCAGAAGUGAAGUACACUCGCGUCCAUGAAUAUUUGCAGAUAUUCCUUUGA